AACCUCUGAGCAGGACUGCAGAGGUUUGGAGCCUGUUUCAUGUAGAAUAAAUCCUGGGUGGGAUGCCAGGGCACCCACAUCACACACAGAUAUAUAGUAUAGGCAAUUUAGAGAUAGGAAUUAACCUAAAAUUAAUACUUACUGAAGAUAUACAACUUAAAAAUGCUUAACGUACAUAAGAAAAUGCACAUCACACGUGUACAAAUAAAAAGUGUUUUUACAUAUUAAUAUAAUUAUGUAAACUUAAAAAAAAAGCUCUGCGCCACGUUUAUGAGAUUCGCUGUAUCUUUGCGGUGUUUUGAGUAAGACUUAAAAAACAACCGAAGUACACCGACAGACGGAGCGUGAAAGAUGCCGGAAGUGACGCUAGGGCGGGGGUGGGGUAAGGUCACUCCCACAAGAGCCUGUUGGGUAUAUAUACGGCGCUUUCCUCGGCGGCGUCACCUGGGGAUUCCUGCUUAAGGUUAAAGAGCUGUGUCCCGGUGUUGGAUCGUCCGAUAUGGGCAAAAUAGAGUGGGCUAUGUGGGCCAAUGAGCAGGCUCUGGCCUCCGGACUCAUUCUCCUUACCGGCGGCAUCGUAGGGGUUGCCGGCCAGUUUAGGAACUGGCAGUUUGCGGCUUACGGAAUUGCCGCGGGGAUAUUCAUCUGCCUGCUGGAGUAUCCGCGGGGCUGCAAGGCCAACGGCAAAGGACAGGAACGCCCGUAUCAGUACUGCCUGACAGUUUGUGUGAAGGCCUUUGGUCCACUGACAAGAAACUACUACAUCAGGGCGCUACUUCAUGCUGUACUCUGUGUUCCAGGCGCUUUUAUUCUCUGCACUGUUCUGGGCUGUGUCUGCUUAGCCAUCGCCAGCAUCAUCUACCUUUUGGCUGCCAUCCGCGGUGAGCAGUGGUUACCCAUCUUUCCACGGGCAGAACCCCGGGAAAAACCAGGGGAAAGUAUCAAGGAGCCCCCCCAGAACCCACCCCCUCGUCCGCCAGCAGAGAUGCGCAGGAAGCGUGCGGAGGACAUGGAGGGCGCCGCAUACACUAACCCUAUGCCAGUCAUGUCCAAUGAGUACUGAGUGCCCCUCCCCCCCACCUCAGAUCACGGAAGUACUGUUGCUUUGUGUCUGCUGCAAAUGUUUUAUUUUUCAUUCUGUGUUUUAUUCCAUGUCUGUUACAAUUUGACUCCCAGAGACAUCAGGAGCAUCCAGCUGAGAGUUUUGUGAUAGAGGUGUUUUUUGAAAACUUAAGAGUUAUGUACUUCAUCCUGGAAGGACCUGUGUGAUCAACAGUUCUGGUUCCGUGGGGGGUACCAGGGGACCCCAGAAUGGCCCACCCAGUCACGAGUUUGGCCGAGAACCGUAGAAAAAAAUGAGGGAGGCCUGCGGAGUUCGGCUCAGAAAUCAUACUAUUUUUGGUUAAAACCAAGUUUUAUAUAAAUGUGCAAAGAACACAAUAUAAUGAGUAUUAAUGACUGCAACAGUUCGUAUAUAACAGUCUCGUAUAUACAUGUUUACUCUAUGAAGGUUUAUUUUUCUGUUUUUAUAUUGUGAAAUAAAGAAUACAAUAUAACCAAA